AUGUAUCCAUCGCAGUACGAGCGAUUUGCCCUCUAUCCACCGGAAAUUUUUGAGAAGUUUAUGCAGGCGAGUUUUGAUUCUUAUGGUCACGAGAAAUCAUCAGUCCUUGACGGUGGCUUGCAUCAGUGGGUGAAGAAAGGACUUGAAAUCAGUACCGAAGACGUGCAACUUCCAACAGGAAAUUGGAAGGCGAAGGAUCAUGUUGCCGCAAACAAUAUUACCUUCGAGGAAUUGCAGAAAAAGGAGGAUGGAAAAGAAUAUAUGGAACGGACAGACGAAGUGAACUUUCUGGAUGCUCGCAUACGUGGAGUAAGUGGCAGCAACAUUCCCGGCUAUAAGAACGUCCCAGCAGCUGAACUUGUGAAUGAGAACGGAGUAAUGAAAUCUCCUGAGGAGAUUCGGCAAGUACUUUUACAAAACGGUUAUAAGGCUGGCCAACCAAUUGUGACAAAUUGCAACACUGGAAUGCAAGCAGCGAUGCUGGCGUUCGGUAUUAAAAUGGCGUAUCCUGAUGAAUCACCGCGAGUCUACAACGUGAGUCCGAUUGCAUGUGUUGACAGCCCUGGUUUUCGGUAUCUCGGUGGCCAAGCGAAAAGCUCUUGCAGCGACGAAACCCAAUAUUUUCAAGCGUAA